GCAGCACACAAUAUUGCUCAGUUAAGCGCUCUCUUUAGCAGCCUUCUAUUUUUGUUUUCUUUUCUCUGUUAAUCACGUGAUCUCCAAAUUUCCCUUUAUUUCUUUUCUGUUAUUCCCUUUGUAAAGCGCACAAAAUCCUAAAUAAUUACAGAACUUCAAAAGUCAAUUAAUUAGCAAAACCUAGAUUUCGAUAUUGAUUUGGAUUAAAUUCCAAUGGCGGAGAGUGGCAGCGGUAGCAUAGGAGGUGGAUCAACAUCGGAAACAACCAACGGAAGAUUAGCCUCAAUGGACUCCAUAGAAUCCCGCUGGGUUUUCCAAGACGACGAUGAUUCUAUUUUAGACGACGAUGACGACGACGAUGACGACGAUAAUCAUUCAGCAGCGGCUGAUCAUCGUCUCCGUACAGGUCUCGUGGAUUCUGAAGAUGAGGAUGAUAAUGAUAAUGCUGAGCAGCGUCUGAUCCGAACUGGACCGCGCAUUGAUUCUUUUGAUGUUGAAGCUCUUGAAAUCCCUGGCGCUCAGCGUAACGAUUAUGAGGAUUUCACUUUGGGAAAGAAAAUUAUACUUGCUUGUCAGACUCUUGGUGUUGUAUUUGGUGAUGUUGGAACGAGUCCAUUAUAUACAUUUGAUGUGAUGUUUACUAAGGCACCUAUUACUGGAGAAGAAGAUGUUCUUGGUGCAUUGUCGCUCGUCCUCUAUACUUUAAUCUUGAUUCCUCUAAUUAAGUAUGUCCUUGUUGUUCUUUGGGCCAAUGACGAUGGUGAAGGUGGUACGUUUGCCUUGUACUCGCUGAUCUGUAGGCAUGCUAAGGUCAGUCUUCUCCCAAAUCAACUUCCUUCAGAUUCUCGUAUAUCAAGCUUUAGGCUCAAGGUACCGUCGCCUGAACUUGAGAGAUCCUUGAAAAUUAAAGAAAGACUUGAGACUUCACAAACUCUGAAAAAGAUGCUUCUGAUAUUAGUACUUGCUGGUACAGCUAUGGUUAUAGCUGAUGGAAUUGUUACACCAGCUAUGUCAGUUAUUUCAGCUGUUGGUGGACUAAAGGUUGGUGUGGCUGCAGUUGAACAAGAGCAGGUGGUGAUGAUUUCAGUUGCCUUUCUUGUAAUUUUGUUCAGUGUACAGAAGUUUGGAACAAGUAAAGUGGGACUUGCUGUUGGCCCUGCUUUGUUCAUAUGGUUUUGUUCUCUUGCCGGCAUGGGGAUAUACAACCUUGUCAAAUAUGACAGCAGCGUCUUCAGGGCAUUCAAUCCUGUUCAUAUCUAUUACUUCUUCAAGAAGAAUUCUACCAAGGCUUGGCAUGCCCUUGGAGGCUGCUUGCUUUGUGCAACAGGUUCCGAGGCAAUGUUCGCAGAUCUUUGCUACUUUUCUGUCAGAUCAAUUCAGCUUACCUUUGUAUUGCUCGUUCUGCCAUGCCUCAUGUUGGGUUAUUUGGGUCAAGCUGCAUAUCUUAUGGAACACCAUAGUGCAUCUGUAGCGGAGCAAGCAUUUUUCUCAUCGGUUCCAAGUGGUGCUUUCUGGCCUGUCUUCCUUAUUGCUAACAUAGCUGCACUGAUCGCCAGUCGAGCAAUGACAACAGCCACUUUUUCAUGUAUAAAACAAUCAACUGCACUUGGUUGUUUCCCUCGUCUUAAAAUUAUUCAUACAUCUCGAAAAUUCAUGGGCCAGAUCUAUAUCCCAGUCAUAAACUGGUUUUUGCUAGCAGUCUGCCUGGUGUUUGUCUGCUCUAUUUCAAGCAUUACAGAGAUGGGAAAUGCAUAUGGAAUUGCUGAGCUGGGAGUGAUGAUGAUGACAACAAUUUUAGUAACUAUUGUCAUGCUCCUUAUAUGGCAGAUAAACAUCAUUAUUGUUCUCAGUUUCUUUGUUAUUCUCUUAGGGAUGGAAUUGACUUUUCUAUCAUCAGUUUUAGCACUUGUUGGGGAUGGAAGUUGGGUUAUAUUGGUUUUUGCUGCAAUUAUGUUUCUUAUAAUGUACAUAUGGAAUUAUGGGAGCAAGCUAAAGUAUGAAACCGAAGUUAAGCAAAAGAUGUCUAUGGAUUUAAUGCGGGAAUUAGGACCUAACCUUGGGACAAUCAGAGCCCCAGGCAUAGGCUUGCUUUAUAAUGAGCUCGUGAAGGGAAUACCAGCAAUCUUUGGCCAUUUUUUGACUACUCUCCCAGCAAUCCACUCCAUGAUCAUAUUUGUCUGUAUAAAGUAUGUUCCUGUUCCAGUAGUGCCUCAAAGUGAAAGGUUCCUUUUCCGGCGAGUCUGCCCGAAAAACUUCCACAUUUUUCGCUGUAUUGCCAGGUAUGGCUACAAGGAUGUUCGCAAAGAAAAUCACCAGACCUUUGAACAGCUUCUAAUUGAGAGCCUUGAGAAGUUCAUCCGGCGAGAAACUCAGGAGAGGUCAUUGGAGAGUGACGGGGAUGAUGAUACAGACUCUGAGGAUGAGUCCUCCAGCACAAGGCUUCUGAUAGCUCCAAAUGGAAGUGUUUACUCACUCGGUGUGCCUCUUCUGGCCGACUACAAGGAUACAAGUAAGGCAAGUACCUCUGAAGAGGUGAAGGAAGUAGAAGAGUCUUCUUAUAUGUCUGAUGCAGAACAGAGCCUCGAAAGGGAGCUGUCUUUUAUUCGCAAGGCUAAAGAGUGUGGGGUUGUUUAUCUUCUCGGUCAUGGAGAUAUUAGAGCAAGGAAAGAUUCCUGGUUUAUAAAAAAGUUGGUCAUAAACUACUUCUAUGCUUUUCUGAGAAAGAACUGCAGAAGAGGGAUUGCAAAUCUGAGCGUUCCUCACUCGCAUCUCAUGCAGGUCGGCAUGACUUAUAUGGUCUGAUUGAUUUUUUUUGACACCAAAAUACGGUGAGUAUUGAUUAUUUUUGACACCAUCACAUUUUGGCUGCAUACAACUGCUGGUGAUUUGUUCACGCUUGGGAAUGUCAACUCUUUUAACGCGAGAUGCAAGUGCAAGUUAAAACAUGCUUGCGCGACACUGUACCCAUUCAGAGACGCCAACUGGUGAAAACUUGAUUCAUAAAUCAAGAUGUCAUGUCAUGGUCAUGGGUUGCCUUUUGAUAUAUGUUGAUUUUGUUAUUGUUAUAGAUGCACAAAUGUUAUCAACCCUUGUAAUUAACAUGUGAUUUAUCAAGGAAAAAUUCCACUUCAAAGUGUAUUACUGAAGGAAACAAAUGUACUUUCUACAUAUACAACGUCUCCAUUGAUGUCCUUUGCUUUUAGCUUCAA